CUCAUUCACCCACUUCCUCGUCUUCCUCCAUCUCGCUCUCGCAUCAUCAUUUCUAUCAGCGUGGAUGUGAGAUUCUCAGGCCAUUGCCAUCGCCAUGGUUUUACUCAGGAUACAGAGCUAGCUAUCAGCUAACUAGUGGGCGGGCCUUAGAUAAACGUCAUAUCUACCCCCCACGCCAGGAUGGUGGACCCCUCGGCUAUUGAUAUAUAAUGGCUCAUCGGAUCAUCUCCUAUCAUGCCUUUUUUCUCUGCUUUCCUUCUCUCUUCAUAUUUUCCUCCUUGUCUUCUUCAUCCCUCACCCCGCGCCGCUCUGACAUCACGUCAUGCCCUCCGCCUUGCUGAUCGGGUCCAUCGCGCAUUCCAUCAAGGAAUGGUCCGAUCUGUCCGCCAUCCUGACCUUGAAGGAAUUUCCCUCCGGAACCCGCGAGGAUUUCCUCCGUAAUUGUCGCGACGGCCACUACGAUGAUGUCGUCGCCAUUUAUCGAUCCAAUGCCUCCAACAAGUUCACUGGUAACUUCGACGCCGAGCUGCUCGCCGCUUUGCCGCCAUCUCUCAAGUACAUCGGCCACAAUGGCGCCGGUUAUGAUAACAUUGAUAUUGCGGCAUGCACAGAGAAGGGCAUCGCCGUCUCUAGCACCCCUGUCGCUGUCAACAAUGCCACCGCCGAUGUGGCCAUCUUUCUGAUGAUUGGCGCUUUGCGACAGGCGUACAUCCCGCUCUCUUCCCUCCGCGCCGGACAAUGGCUCGGAAACUCCACCCUCGGUCGGGAUCCCCAAGGGAAGGUGCUCGGAAUUCUCGGCAUGGGAGGAAUUGGCCGCGAAAUGGCCACCCGCGCACGCGCCUUCGGCAUGAAGAUCCAAUACCACAACCGCUCUCGUCUCUCCGCCGAGCUUGAGGACGGCGCCGAAUACGUCUCAUUUGAUGAGCUGCUUGCCAACGCAGAUGUCUUAAGUUUGAAUCUGGCCCUGAAUGCGUCCACCCGCCAUAUCAUCGGAGCGAAGGAGUUUGAGAAGAUGAAGGAUGGCGUAGUGCUCGUCAACACAGCGCGAGGGGCAUUGAUCGAUGAGAAGGCGCUGGUCGCCGCGCUGGAGUCGGGCAAGGUUUUGUCCGCCGGUCUGGAUGUCUACGAGAACGAGCCCGCUAUAGAGCCCGGGCUGGUGAACAACCCUCGGGUGAUGCUGUUGCCACACAUUGGCACCAUGACAUAUGAAACACAGCGCGAGAUGGAACUGUUGGUGCUGAAUAAUAUACGCUCGGCCGUGGAAACAGGCAAGAUGAUCACGCUGGUCCCGGAACAGAAGGCGGCUUUCGGACAAUAGUCUUCGGAGAGAGAUUAUCGUUCUCUUAAUGCUAUGAUGACCAAAAGUACCAUAGAAUGUACAUGUUCUC